AGAGAGAGAGAGAGAAAGAGCGGCCCAGUGGUGGUCGGCGGUCUUCGACCGUUCGCACGGGAGAUCCCCGCGAGAGAUCUCUUUGUGCGUCUUCUCGCGGAAACGUAACAGCGUUCGCGUCGAGUCGCACCUAGUCGAGUCCGAUCCAUGCGCGAGUACGCAUAUUGUAAUUAUUAAUAGAAACCGAGAUCUCCCCUCUCCUCAAGUGUGUUGUACGAGAUUCGUCGCGUACGAUACGCGUGUGUUGAUCACCAACAUCGUUAUCGCCACAGCUGUACGUGUGAAAAGAAAUCUCGGCUUCUGCGACUGAAUGAGGAUCAGACGAAAAUUCGGUGCAGAGAAAUAAUAGGGAGUUUCUGCAACAUACACACAUCGUCUUUCAGAUACGGUAAACAUAAAUCGUGAAUGUUAUUCGCUGAGAAACAACGUCGCCAUACAUACGACCGAUAGUCGUCGUAUUCACGAUCAACGUUUACCGUAUCUGAGAGACAUUAUUGCAAAAACUCCCUAAUGAUCGAAAAUAUUUGGCUGAACGUUCAGCUGUAUCGAAACUACACGUGAUAGGCGAUUCGAUCUUCAGGAAAUUCAUCUUUUUAUGUAUUGAUCCUCUGCUCGAUUUUUGUACAAAUCGAUUCUCCUCGAUAGAGAAUCGAGUUUCGAUCCGUUGAUAUACAAUACUUCUUUGUCAAUGUCGUUUCGUCUAAUAAAAAAUUCAAGCGAGGUCAGCGUUUGAAAGAAUCGAUUUGUAUGAAAAUCGGACCGAUUUUUUUAAUCGAUCGAGAAAUUUAAUCGAAAAAGACCGAGUUUGGGAGGAAAAGAUGGAUUUUUUGAAAAUCAAAUCGCGAUCGCCCGUCACUACAUCGAUACUCUGUCGACUUCCAGGCAACGGAAAGUUCAGUUACACGGACGGGGUAAUUUUUUCCGUGUCUUUCAACGCCCGGAUUCGGCAUUAUUGCUACGCACUUUCCCCUCUGAGAUAAUUCGCUCAUUGUCAUUGUUGUUGACAUUAAUUUGGCAAACAAAAAAAGAAAACAUUCGUUCGGUAUAAAUAUCUGAACGACGUCGUACGGACGUCCGAGAGAUGUCCUACUUGUUCGAGACGUCUCUUCGAGAUGUCUCUAAGACGUAUUUUAAACAUUUGCAUCGACCGGGCAUGUUUCUCCGCAAUGAUGAGCGCGGUACAAGGAUAAAGACACCCGGAUAGCACAAGACGUCCUUAGGACGCUCCGGGACACUCCAGGAAACGAGACCAUUCUCUCAAACUAGAAUCAACAUCUAGAAACAAGUUCGGGCAUUUGACAACAAAUUUGACGGACGUUUGACAACAAAUUUGACGGGCAUUUGACAACAAAUUUGACGGGCAUUUGACAGCAAAUUUGACGGGCAUUUGACAACAAAUUUGACAGGCAUUUGACGACAAAUUUGAUGGGCAUUUGACAACAACAAUCGUUUGAACGCACGUGUGUAACGAUUACCUGCCGCCAGCGCCGUUUGAAUCGCGUUUUUGCUAAUCACGCACAGGCGGUGGUAAGCCAAUCAAAUGCGGUACCGGUCGGGAUUUCCAAGGCGUCUCGUGUAGCGUCGCAUCGACAAUGCCGCCAAGUGCGUGCUUAGCGUGACCGGAUAUCGCCACGCGCGCCAACGCACCUAUCGUAAACAAUUCUCAAAACAAACGCACGUGAGAAGCGAGCGAGUGAUAGCCGGAGAAUGAGAACGGAGGGUGGCGGCGGGGGGGGGGCGGGAGAGAGAGAGAGAGAGAGACAGGAAAGGAAAAGUCAAGACGUGUCUCGCGGCGCGAUAAACAUUGGUAGCGCGACGCUCGUGCGGAAAGGACGCGCGGCAGGACCAGCGGUAUCCGGAAGGACAAUCAUGGCGGCCAUGACGGUGGCGAACGGUGCGAAAGGUGAGAAAACGACGGCGAGGCAAGAGCGACACGUGAGUGAUGCAUCUACGCAUCUAUCCGUCUCUCUACACGCAAGCUGAGAUAAAAAUUGCGUAGCAGCCAAGAGAGGAAGAGAGAGAGAGAGAGAGAGGGGAGGGGAGAGGGAGAAAGACAGGCUGAGAGAGGGCGACUCGGCGCGCAAACUCCCGCGCCGUCCCUUUGUGUUAUUUUCGGAACGGCGCGAAUCGCCGUUCGUCGAAGCUUUAAAUAGGACCGGGCGGCCGACGAAGAAGGCAGUUAGUGACAUCGUUCCUACAUGCUGGAGCAUCGCACCGUUUUCGAUAUUUGUCGCUUUUCCGCGCUCGUUGCUUAAGACGCAUCAUCAGACUCGAUAAUAAAAUGCCGACCGAGUGCAUCGCCAACCCGUUGCAACGGGAACUGGCCGACUCGAUAAUACGGCUGCAACCUCUCGAUGAGAUCCGCAUCCUCCUGGCCUGCGGUGCCAAGCCCAACGAGCCGGUCACUCAGGGCCUCAGGCCCCUGCAUUAUGCCGUCUGGCAGCGUUACACCGAGGCCGCUCAGCUUCUUCUGGUGCGCGGCGCCGACAUCGACGCCACCGACGAAUGCGGCUACUCCGCUCUGCACCUCGCCGCCGAGCACGGUUACUUGGACCUGGUGAAGCUGCUGUUGAAGUAUGGCGCCAAGGUAGACCACCGUCAAGACACGGGAGAGCUGUUUCCCAGAACCAUGUUGUGUGACGAGCCGCUGCGCUUAGCCCUGCGUAACCGCCACGUCGAGGUCGCGAGGACGCUGCUCGAGGCUGGCGCCAAUCCGAACAAGAGGUACUUCUUCGGCUCCGAGAUCAAUCUGGUGUCACCGCUCGAUCUGGAGUGCAUGGAGCUGUUGCUGGCCUUCGGCGCUCAGCCGAACACGCGGGACCGCGCCGGGUUGACUCCUCUCAUGAAGGCCGCCAGAUUACCACAGGGUAUAGCGUCGGUGCUCCUGUUGCUGAGCUACGGUGCCGACGUGAACUCGAUGGCGGACGCCAGGCACGAUUACCGCACCGUGUUGCACUACGCGAUCCUCGGCGGCGACCCGGCGGUGAUCAAUCUGCUGUUGAAGCAGGGCGCCAGGCUGGACCUGGGAGCGGACUACCAGAAACCGACGGCCCUGGACUUGGCCAUACUCAAGGGUGACCCGUCGAUCGUCGAGAUGCUGCUCCGAGCGGGUGCCAACGUGAACGCCACGUCACCGAUCAUCGGCUCACCUCUGCACGUGGCCUGCGCGGACAACAUCCCGAAUCGGCUGGAGAUCCUGUGCAUGCUGCUGGAGCGCGGCGCCGAUCCGAACCUGGUGAUCCGCAGCGACGACGGCCCGGCGCUGCGGCCGGUCCUCGCCGAGUACGUGGCCUCGAACGAGAAUCCGUCGGUGGAGGUGGUGGCGUUGCUGCUCAAGUACGGCGCCCGGGUGGUGAUCAAGACGCAGUUCCGCGACCCGCACGGCAUCCUCAACUCCUUGCAGAACAUGGCGGACAAGCCGCGGCUGCUGCGGGCGCUGCUGGAGGCGGCGGAGAGCUUCGACCCCUGCAUGAUCCGGCGCUCCAGCAGCCUGACGGACGCGCAGAAGGCUUUGGUCAUGGAGGCGGCGAGGACCCCGUUGCCGCUGACCCACCAGGCGAGGCUGAUCGUCCGCAGGCUCUGCGGCACGAAGCUGCCGAAGAUCGUGCGGAAGCUGCAGCUGCCGCAGUCGUUGCACCGCUACCUCCUCUACGACUUUUAUUAGCGGACUCGCGAGGAUCGGCGAGUCGAUCCGCAGGUGUGCGCGGUGAGAAUCUUACAGUGGAAAUUACCGGCGGGAUUCUUUCGUUGCAUUGCCCGGCGUUGCGUUGGGAUUUAAUCGAGGAACAUACCGUCUUCAUCCUUUGUCUUUUUCCGUUUUAAUCCUGCGAGAGAACAUCGGAUGGACUCUUUGACGGGUUAUGUUUUUUUCAAAUGCCUUCGGGGCUUGAUAUUUUUUAAAUACUUCACAGAUAUAUUAAUUUUAGCGAGCAAAACUUGGAAAAGAUUUAGGAGGCUUUAGGGUGUUCCAGGGAAUAUUGAAGAAGCGUCAGAGUUCAUUUAUAAUAAUGUCAAGAGCGGCGCAUCAGGGAACGUUGGACGUCAUUGAACAUUAUCGUUCUAUCGAACAAUAUAACGUUCUGUCGACGAUCCUUUGUGUUCCUCGGUUAAAUUCGCCCCGUUGUUUUGCGCGGUAAUACCGCGGAUAGUCCGCAUUUUCUCGCAUUGCCAGAAAACUCGGCGUGAAACCGGGCAGGAUCUGUUCGAGAGGAAGCUGUAACCUUCCCCCCGUGAGCUCCCGCGAUCUCUCUCACGGCACCACGCGAGUCCACGAGUCAGUGCGACGAGUACAAUAAAACGAGGCUGUGGAGGCGCCAUCCUCCCACUUUCUACUUACGUUAGUAUUCUACUUCUACAUCGACGUGUGUGACGCGGGGCAACGUGCGAGCAACGUGAUAUUCUUAGGUAAGCGACGCUGCUCACCGGGGAAGAAAAGAAAAAGAAAAAAAGAGAAACCACUUGCACUCGUUACUAGCCGCUCGCGCAGCCGCUAAAUGCGUUUCGUACGUUUCGAGACUCUCAGCUGUUUUGUUUCGCGCGCGGAGGCGAUCGUUCUCGCGACAGGAACGCGAUUUAUGCACUGGUGUUGCUCAGACACAGGAGAGCAGAUAUUCGUCCCGGGUCGUCUUAUCGCGCGAUGUCGGGAACACGGUAAUUUUGCGCGGUAUCUUCGGAGCAUCCGUCUCUCUCGCUCUCGCUCUCUCUCUCUCUCUCUCUCUCUCUCUCUCUCUCU